UUCCCAACCCCCUUCGACACAAGCCUAGGAACAAACUACACCAAGAAAUCCUGCCCCAAGUUCUUCACCAAGUUCCUCUCCGACUCGUCCUUACAAUCCUGCCACGCCCUCUCGCUUCUCCUCCGCAAUUCGAAUUCUUUCUUCUACACCCUGCACUCUGCAACUGCAACCUCGCACCUUCUCGACAUCGCUUGUUCGGCUUCCGUCUUGCAAUGCACCAGCACUCUUUCCUCCUUGGCAAAGGAGUUGAUUAAAGACGACAACUGCGGCGAGGAAUACAAACUCGGAAACCCCAACGUCGUAGACGCUUACAUCGACCUAAUCUCCUACGAACCGCUUUACCACGCCUCGUGCCUCAAGGACCCAUCUACAGAUAACUACUGCUUCGUCGACGCAGCGACAAACUCCACGAACCCCGCUGACUACGACAUAUAUUUCAUUCCCUUCGGAAAUGCCCUUGAGGACCAUGACGAGGUGAGUUGGGAUAAUAACACGCCCACGUGUAAUAAGUGUCUGCGGGAGACUAUGGGUGUGUACAAGGGGUUUGCGAGGGUUGAUGGGCAGCCGCUUGUGCAGUCGUAUUUGCCUUCAGCGAGGGUCGUGGAUAGGCAUUGUGGGGGUGGGUUUGCGGAUUUGAAUGUUACGGUUGGG